AUGCUCGACUUCCUCCACCGGCACAACUACAAGGUGACGCGCCACAUCACGUCGAACCUGUUGCUGGUAACCUUGGUCUUCGGCAUGAGCGUCUUCACCUUUGGAUAUGAAGCUUCAACGCUCAAUACGAUUCAGGCCAUGACACCAUUCGAACAGAGGUUCGGCGACUUCAUCCCCGAAAAGAAGGCUUUUGGCUUCACCUCCAACAAGCUGGCCUACAUGAACUCGUUCCCUCUCCUGGUCUACGCCGUCGGCGUAAUCGUUGGUGCUCAGAUCGGUGAGCGCUGGGGCCGAAGGCUGGUCUUCAUCCUCACCAACAUCGUCUGCAUGGCAGGCACCAUCAUCGUCUUCACGGCCAAAACGUACGAUCAACUCCUCGCCGGCCGAAUGAUCGUCAACUUCCACGUGGGCAUGGAGGCCUUCUUGAUCCCCAUGUUCCAAGCCGAAAUCGCCCCGGCCGCCGUCCGCGGUUCGUUGACGGCGAUCUACGGCGUCAACGGCGUGUUCGCGGCCUUUGUCGCGUCCAUCAUUACCGAUUUGACUAGCAAGAUUCCGAACGACAACUGCUGGAAGAUCCCAGUAGGCAUCGGCCUCAUUUUCCCGGCCUUCUCGCUGUUCUUCUGGAUCCUCAUCCCGGAGUCUCCUCGGUGGCUGCUUCGAAAAGGAGACUAUGCAAAGGCGGUUGAGAACAUGGACUAUUUGUAUGGGGCCAUGCCGAAUUUUGAUGCCGAAAAGGAGGCAAAAUUUCUUCAAGAGGCUCUCAACACCAGCGAAACAACGGGGAAGUGGAAAGAUUUGGUGAAGGGAACCAACCUGCGCCGAACUGGCAACGGACUGAUUGCUUCAGCUCUGGCUCAGCUAUCUGGCGCGUCUUUCUCCAACUUGUACGGCACCAUCUUCUUGAAGAGCCUGAAGGUCAUCGACCCCUUCAUGGCAACCAUGGUCAAGAGAGCACUUUUGCUCGUUACGGCAAUAACAUUCAUGUUCAUCAUCGACAAGGCCGGCCGACGUCGACUAUUCUUGUACAUGGGUUUCAUGCAGACGGCGGUCCUCAUGGUCAUGGGCGGCUUGGGCACCAUCGCUCACCCCACGUUGGACAUUAACAAGGGGAUUGUCGCCUUGACGAUGAUGUACCCGGUUUUCCACUUUGUUUCUUUCGGAGGCCCUCUGCAACUGACCAAGACCGAGAUUCCGCAUGUCACUCUUCGAGACAAGUCCGUCAUGCUCUUUUGGUUGACGGCAAAUCUCUGCAAUUUCAUCUCAACAUUUACCUUGCCCUACCUUCUCCAGGAGCCUGCCAACCUCGGCUCAAGAGUCGGUCUGAUCUAUGGGUCCAUCUCAGCCCUGGGCCUUGUGUGGGGUUGGUUCUUCAUGCCAGAGAUGUCGAAGAAAUCACUCGAAGAGAUUGAUGAGAUGUUUGCAGCCGGGGUCCCAGCCUGGAAGUCGCGACACUGGAGAGGCGAGCACACUGCCAAGAUCACCGAAUUGGAGAACAAUGGCGUGAUCGGCGACAGUGAAAGCGAGAGAAACAGCAUCGCGAAGAGCGAUCCGGCACUUACGACGCAGGAAAAGCCUUCCAAGGUUUGA